AUGAUACUUCCGAGAUACGAAUGUUCCAACUCUCCAUCGUAUUCUUCCAUUCACCCUAAAGUUAAUCAACACUGUUCCGAUCGACCAUUUGAUCCUGGUGCAGAGAACCAGCAAGGGACGGCGCCACUGGCACUGCACUCCCGAACAGAUUUGGCGCCCAAACUGGUUGCGAGAGGAGAGUGUGAUUUGGAGAUAGGAAAGGAUGAGCCAUACAAGGAGGACGAUGAAGAGGACAAUGAAUAUGAAGCCGGAUAUGGCGAUCAAGAGGCGAAUAUAGAGCUUCUUCUUCCCACCGCCGUGUUGGCCACAAUCUUCCCUCAUUUUUUGGUUAGGGAACAAGGCGUUGUAGGGGUUGAGAGCUUUUGGGUUAGAAAAAUGGUUCAAGGUUUAGUGUCUUGA